GCUAUAAAUAGCUGCGAGUGGCCAGCAUAUGUACGUGCUGUACUUGCUAGUCAUUGGCGCCGCAGCAAGCAUCCAUGGAACAGGAGAGCAUAUUGCACAUACAAGCAGCACCGUCGCGGGUCCUCGACGGUCGGUCGCUGCAGCAAUGCCAUGUGACCGACUCACGCGUAGAAGAGACCUGCGUCGGCUACUCCAAGGAUCGGUACGACCCCGACCACCCAGAUGCCGACUGGGGCGGAAUCGUGAAUCGAACGUUCAAGAAGCGCAUAUUUCAAGACCACGUUCCCACUCGAAGUCGCCUGAUUCCGGCCAAGGGGGGCCUCUUGCCGGCCAUCGAUUCAACAUCCACGCCACAGCGGCGUGUGUCGAGCAAGCGUAUCUUCGACAAAGACAUCAAAUUCGUCAGUAACGAUGCGGAUGCCAGAGACACUCCGUUCCGUACCGGGGUGCAUCAAAUGGGACCUGGAGGGCGGCAUGAUUGCUCGGACUGGAAGACAUCGUAUGCAGCGCAGGCAGAGCGGGAAAACAAUCGAGGGAACAUACACGAGGAUAAAGACGCACCUGGCAAAGUCAGGUCGUUGGGACAAGAGUCGCAUCGACGGCAAUUGCAACCAUUGUACGAUACGCAAACCAAUGCUCGGCAUGGGGUAUUGCCCAGAAUACCCACGGAACCCUCGUCACGACAUACGCCAACAAAUCGAGACUUGAAUAUGGAGCCUCGACGCGGUAUGUCCAUACUGUCGGGCAUCGGGCAGUCGCUGGCUUCGUCCGAUGCAUUCCAGUCUAUCAAGCGACCGACCCCACAUAUCCAGUCCGGCUUCGACAACCCAGCCGAUAAAUCGCUCUUGGUCGAAAACCAUCAUAGCGUCCUCCUGGGGUACACCGGGCAGCGCCGUGACAAGUGACGGACUGGCGCUGCGGAGGAAGCUUCAACUGUGCAUUUCGCGCGCAGUUUGAAAUGUGGAAUCCGGUUAAUGUAUUCGGCAUAAUGUGGUAAAUAAAACAGUUUCUUU